AUGCAUCCACGCUUGGUCAAGCGACUAAGACACACGCAAUCUCCCUUCGAAACACUUCUCAAACACCGGGAUCUCUGCCCAUUUGUGCGCCGCAUUGCUAUUCAUGCAUUCCCACGGCAGGAAGGCUGGCCAUCUUCCGUCAUCUAUGAGCAACUCGAAACAUUAUUUCCACAUCUACGCAACCUGCGUGCAUUCGCAUUCACAGUUCCGGACCCAUCCUCGAGUAUUGACCUCCUCCUCCCUAGCCUCGCGUCAAGCACCUCGCUCAAGGAGUUGUCAAUCAUGGGUCAACGAAUCAACCUCAAGAGCGCGGAGCUCCUGUUAGGUGCAGGUCAUGGAGCAGUUCCGUCACUCGACCAAGGGCUCGGACUGGAGAAGCUCAAUAUCAAAACUCUGAGCCCAGGUUUACAUCGGGUACUUUUGCGUUGGAUAGAGAGAAACAAAGCUACUUUACAAAGCCUCUCAAUUCGGCAUUCUCUUAGUUUUUCCGACUCUACCCUCCAAUCAAUCCUCAAUAUAGUUCCCAGGUUGGCCGAACUUAAACUCCUUCACUGCGGGAAUGUCGAUCAUUGGCGAGUUUUCGAUGCACUGGAGCAAGCGGAGAGACUCAAAUCGCUAGCUUUGACCAUUCUGGAUUACUCGUCACCGCCGCCUGCGGUGGUUCAAUUAUCAUCAGUCACGCGGCUCUGGCUACGCUUCAACGCUGCCCUAUCUGAAGGCGCCCCUCAAAACAUCACUCCCUCUGUAUGCGGUGGGUUGAGACGGCGUCUUCUCGAACUGCUACCAAUCAUUACAGGUAUCCUUGAAAGGUUCCGUACCUGCCAACUCGAAACAUUGACACUGGAAUCUGCUGGUGCCUGUCCUCUUCCAGCAAAAGUCGUCGAAAACGUACGAGAUGCAGACUUCAAGACGCUGAGAAAGCUAAGCUUCGCCGGCUUCACACCCUCCAACGAGCAACUUGAGCGGAUCUGCGAAGGGUGCCCAAACUUGGAGGUUUUGCGGGCGGAUUUAUCCAUAGACUGGUCUCGAAGUUGGGCAUCGGUCGCCAGUGCGAUAUCCAAGGCGAAGAGGCUCCACACGUUUCUUUCCUCGCUAGCGCUCCAGUCGACAGAAUCUGCAUCAAAUACGAUACAAGGGCGCUUUGCUAUCGCCGAAGCCAAAAUACUGUUCGACGCAGUCCCCUCAUUACAGCGUAUUGUUAACGCUAAUCGCUGCUGGCUGCGGGGAAUCAACGAUUCUGAUAACCCUCGUUACGAGAUGGUUCGCCAACGAAAUGCUUCGCUCGUGUUACCAACAGUGUGA